AGGAUAAAUUACGUCGUGGGCGUAGCGGCUCCUUGUAAUGGCGACCGUGCCGUAGAUGUGGCUAGGUUUGUGAAAAUGAAGCGAAGAAGAAGUUAUUUCUUUUAAGUACAACGUCGAGGUUCCCCAGAGGAGGACUUUACGUCUGUAACCAUCAUCUUUAUAAGUGGUAAGCUUAGCUGUACUUUUGAAGUUUUGUGCCCCCGAAAUGAUGAAGCUCAAGUCAAACCAAACGCGGACGUACGACGGGGAUGGCUACAAGAAGCGGGCCGCCUGUCUGUGUUUCAGGAGCGAGACCGAGGAGGAGGUGCUGCUGGUGAGUAGCAGUCGACAUCCUGACAAGUGGAUAGUACCUGGAGGGGGAAUGGAGCCUGAGGAAGAGCCCAAUGUUGCUGCAGCUCGGGAAGUGUGUGAAGAGGCUGGUGUGAAGGGGACUUUAGGUCGCUUAAUUGGCGUAUUUGAGAACCAAGAGAGAAAACACAGAACCUACGUCUAUGUUCUCAUUGUAACAGAGGUGCUAGAGGACUGGGAGGACUCGGUCAACAUUGGAAGAAAAAGGGAAUGGUUUAAAAUAGACGAUGCCAUACAAGUGUUGCAGUGUCACAAGCCUGUGCAGGCCACCUACUUCGAGGCUCUCCAGGAGAGUUGCCUGACCAGUAACGGAACACCUUUGGUGGCCACAAUAGGCGGGGAACUCUCCCCUACCUACAGCAUCAAUCAGAGCUCUGUCUCGGGUAUCAGAUAACUAAAACCAUGGCUGACAUCCCCAGAAGCUUUCGCCACCACUCGCGCUCUUUACUUGUGUCAUUUCUCUUCUCUUUCUCUACUCUUCUUUCUUUUGUCUCAAUAACAUGGUUUGCCUUGCCAACACCUUUGUGUCAGAGCUGUGGCACAGACUUGAUGACAAGUAUUGGAUGAAUACUUUGUAAAUGUAAAUGUAAUUUUUGACCCCUCUUUUUUCUUUUUACUGACAACUGCAUGAAACGUCCCCUUGUCCCCGCAUUCUCUUUCCUUAAUGCGCCCUUUGCGUGGUGUUUAUUGAAUGCAAGAACUACUUUUUACUGUUGUAAUGUAAAAGUGUGUAUACUUAGUGCUUAAGCUGAAGGCUUUUAAUGUGUCCUCCAUUUUCAGUUAUUUUUCUGUGAAUGAAUGUGCUCAUUAUUGUACCCCCUCCCUUCUUAUAAGGAGAGGAAGUCUCGUCGUAUUUGAAUGAACGAAUUGUGGGAAGUGACUUGUCUUGCAUGAGCACUGUUGCAUUGUGUCUCACUUGCUCGAGUGACUACAACAGACUUGUAGUAAGGUUUAUGGAUUCUCUUCAUUUAGCUCCUUACUGUGUUUGUUGAACUCUCUAUAACCAGAAAGAUACGGCCCCUCAGUAAUCUUUAAAUUUCAAGUAUCAGCUGUAUUUCUCUCUUAUUUGGCAAGCAAGCCAAGCACUACAGGUUUCAUUCUUAGAGCAUAUUUAUUGCACAGAGGGUGAAAGAAUGUCAGCAUCCAAUGUAAAAUGAACCACCUUUCUCCUCGGUGUCUUUACCUCCUUUUAAUCCCUUUUGUUUUCUUUUUUUAAAAUGCUUUCUUGUGACUGACUACAGAGUCUUCCUCCGCAUAUUGAGAGGGUAGAAGUAAUAGAUUUCAAAAUCGUGGACUUAUCAUUUCAAAAUGCAGCACAUAUCACUUAAAUUAUUAAAACCAAUUUCUAUAUUUUACUCCUCACAUUCAGUUUGGUUAAAAGCAGUUGUUUACAUUGUGUGUAACAUAGCACAGGUGACUUUGUGGGCACUUUUCAUUAUGGUCAUGAUUUUUUUUUUUUUUUUAACCCUUACUUUGUUGGUAUUUAAUCUGCAUCCCCAAAAACACUCAAAACACCUGCUUGAAAGUAAUGGAAUCUACAAUGCUGUCUUUGGCAAGAUGCAGAACAAACAAGCCUUGUACAGUUUGAGACCUCAUUUUUAACAUGUAAAAUGCUUUUGGAUACUAGUAUUUGUUUUUGUUUUUCUCUCUAACUUCUGGCAAUAGUCUCAUUAGCUGAGCUGUGUCACUUGGCCUCUGUGGAGUGAGGCAGCUGGCUCGAUACUGUGAAACUGGAGGCGCUGUAGAUAGCAUGUAAGAGGUUUUUAUUGUAAAUUGUUUAUUUCUGUAUAGAUCAAUGGUGAGACUACAAAUGACAAAUCACCUCUUGUGCAUCUGAGUGCUGCAUGUCAUUUAAACUGAGGCUGGAAGAACUGAACUCAUAGCAUUGGCUUUGGAGCUGUUAGGGAUUUUCUCUUGAGAUGGCACAGAGAACAUCUGAGGUUAAGGAACAAGGAAUGUGACUGUGAUUGUAGCUAAGAGUGAAGAGUAUUAAUAAUCCUUUAAAAUAAAUUUGUAACAGUAAGAGAUUAUUAUGUGCCCCCCACCCGAUCCUUUGGGAUCUAUUAAAUGAAGUACAACUGCGGUUUCCAAACCACUGCUUAGUUUAACAAUUAGGUCUCAAGUCCUUUUGAAGAUAGCAGCUGUUCCACCAGUCCCAGUGUAUUUUCUCAUUGAGUUUUAUUUUUUUAAAUCUCAAACAUCAUACUGUGGUUUUCUGUCUAUAGCAGAAAGACGCUCUAAACACAGCAGUAACAUUAUUACCUUUUUAGUAAUAUGGCUAACUUGUUGGUGAACAGCUACCCAGCGGUAUUAAUGUUCACUUGAGUCAUGUUUCUGGCCACGUACUGAAUCCAAGUUCAAUAUUCAAUCUCUUUUUUUUAGGUCUGUUUUGAUUUCGAACAACCCCUGGAUGAAAUAGCUUACUCUUGAGUUGAUGAAACUUUGUCUGUCUGCUACUGUGUACAAGGUCAAUUGAGUUUAUAACUUCUGUGCAGCUGCUUGCUGUGGCCAAAAACUAUGCUUGUGAGAGUAAACAGUAAAGUUGCAGGCUGGAAACCCAAAACGGGAAGCUGCAAGAUGCUUAAUCGCUCCAAACGGCUAAGGGAAUGCUCAGCUGAUUCAUCACUGAGAGCAACCCUGUCCACAUGCAGGUUAUUUAAAUGGUUAAAAAUACUGAUUAUAGCUAUUUUUAAUUUUAAAAAUGUAUUUACUCCUAAGAAAAGGUAAACUUUUGAGUAAGAAAUCAAACUAUUUCGUCAGCACUCAAACACAGCUCUGAUUAAGUUUUUGAUUGUGUGUCUGAGGCUAAAGUAAAAGGGGCUGUAGCUGCUGAAUGCAUUUCUUUUGGUUAAAAUGAGGUACACCGAAUUUACUGUUCAGCAAAGUAGCAGAUACCCAUUUAUCAUUGAAUAUGGGCAGAAGACUCUGGUAUCAUGAUGAGAAAUGGCUCUUUGGAAAUUGAGAAGUUACAUUGACAACUGGAAGCUAGUGGAACAAAGCUAACGUACAAAAGGGGCAGGAUAGGUUUUUACGUUAACAGCAGUGGGUAUCAGUUAGUGGUCAGUCUUCCUUUUGUCUCUUCACUCGUUCAUCAUUGAAGGGGCCAUCACUGUCCCAGCAAAUCAAGCUUCAGACAAACUAGGAAUUCUGAUGGUUCGCUGACUGCCUGUACAGGUGUAGGGCGUCUCAAGUCUCCACAACGGUCUGAGACUUUGAACUGGCUUUUACUGCUGUAUAUCAGAAAGGUGUUGUGGCCAAAGUCUUCUGAUGCCCUACCUGACAUGUCAUGAGAUUAAUUAUUGAUCAGACAUUUUAACAGUCAUCAAGAUGUGCUACUGGGGGGGGGGGGACCUAAUCCUAAUUGACAUAAUUCACUCGUUUGGAUGUGGGUGACAGGUACUGUCAAAAUGAAUGUGAGGAGGAUGUCCACAAAUUAACAGCCAGUGACUUAUUAAUGACCACUUGUUCUUUAUCCAGUUUGUUUUUUCUUUAAUCUGUUGUGUUAUGGACAAGCUGUCUUGUAUAUAGCUAACACAGCACCCUUCUAGCCAGAGGAUGCACUUUGGGCAUAAAGUAAAAGUAUUGUUUUUUUUGUUUGUUUGUUUUUUAACAACUCCAUUGUCACACAAGUAGUGAGUCAGGCUGGAGUUCAAUAGGUAUCUAUGAAGUAAAUGCCUCCAUGUAGCUGGAGUUAUGUGGGGUUGAGAUGGAGUAAACACGUCUACCUUUUCUUCCUGGAGAUUUCUGCUGUUGUAAUUGGCUCUUCUGUAAAAACAUCGAAGCUUCUAAACUUGGGCAAAACAGAGGAUGGAUUAUUGAAAGAACAAUCUUGUGGUCAAACCUAAAAUAUUAAUACAACAAAUGAGGAUUGUAACAUUCACUUUCCUUUAGCAAGAGGAUCUGACCAUUUUAUCAAAUGAAUGACUUUAAAAAAUUAUGUAAAGUGAAAAUGUCCCCUAAAUACUUGCAACUGAAUAACAAGCGAGACACAUGUGCACUUGCAGCCAUUGACCUCAGCCUUGAAGAUGCAUACUCAUAAUUGUGUUCUCUAAGGUAUAUGUGUCACUGGAAUUUUCUUCUUUUGUCAUUUGGGACUGUGGAAUAAAACCAGUGCGAGAAGACUGAAGAUUGUAAUAUAAAUGUGCCAACAAAUAAACACCAGUAUUUCACAUUCAG